GCAGGGCCUGUCCUGUAAAGCAGCAUCGGAGACACACGGCAUACCUCAGUCUUGCUUCUGGCAGUAGCGGCGGUCCUGAGAUGCGUAUGGCCAUACUAUCCAGUGCAAAGAAGGAGAAAGAUCCGGUCUGGUUGAGAGUAGUCUCGGUAGCGCCGGAUACCACCAGCGCGGGCACGGCCGCCGAGAGGGGACGGACACCAGAAAUGAAGGGACAUAAACGGAGACGGUCCUCGGAUGCGGCGAUACUGCCUACGAAGAUGCGCAAGACCGACACUGGUCCUGUUCAUGUAUCAGAAUACGGUGAUAACGUCGUCAUCGGCACAUUGACACAAAACCCGAUCCAAGUCUGUCCGGAAUAUCUCGCACAGCACGAGGAGCCUGAACUCCUGGCAAUGCAGAUGGUUGACGCAUCCAGCGCGUUCCACAGAAUCUACUUUCUCCCGGCCGACGAGCGGCCGCCGGAGAACUGCGAACCAGUCAGUCUAUACAAAAUGCUUCUCGAACGCCCUGAUCCACAGAUCGCCCACAGGAAUGCCCAGACCGGGACACUGUGGAAGGUGCAGGUUGCCAGACUGAUCGCCGAGGCGGCCCUGCGGUUCGACUGGCCGGAGACUAGAUGCCAGUGGGGCAGGGACGACGUCAUAUUCUAUACCCUGCAGCCCUCUAGCCACAUCCUCGGGCCAUUCCUGAAGGUCGAAAUAGAAAGCCAGGUACACGGGACGAACGCGAUACCUGAGCAACCAGCGUCCGGUGGGAGGCAGAGAAGGACGCUCCUGAACCUAGCCUUCAUUCUUCUUCAGAUCGGUCUUUUCAAGCCUAUAGAGCCGCCGCCAGAGUCCUGGAACGAUGACCAGUAUCGGGGUUACAUCAUCCAAGAGAUCAUGCGAAAUGAUGCCCAGAUACUGGGUGAUUACAUAACGGUAGUUCGUCAAUGCGCGGAGCUCGCCUCCCCAGUGGGAGAAGUCAAUAUUGACAAGGAGGAGUUCCGGGAGAAAUACUACCGGCUCAUUGUUUCACCACUGAGGAUGAUGGAAACAAAUUUGUUAUCUCUUCAAAAGAAAUGAAGUUAGUUUGUGUAC